GCGAAGCAUACUUGUGUUUAUAACAUAUUACUUACGAGCAAAUGUUUGCAUCAUAUUAUUUACGAGCUAAAUAAUGAAUAAAAUAAUUGCAGGAUGAUUAGAAAUAAUGUACGAAGAUUAGAAAUAAUGGAUCUGCUUAUCAGAGAAUACCAAUAUUGUUGUUCUUUAUCGAGAGUGCCAAAAUGCCCAACGUUUGUUAAGCGAUUUGUUUCGAGUGUCAGUGUGAGAUUUGUCAAGAAUAUAAGUCGGAGAUGGCGACUUGUCGUUCCAACUGGAAUAGGCUUCUCACUACUAGCAGGAACACAAUGGAAUUAUUUACAUCAAUAUGGAUAUCGAAUUGAUAUAGAUGAUGGGCCAGAAUUGCUGAAUGAUGUUAUGGUAACUUGCUAUUGUUGCUUGCCAUUGAGAACAACUAGUAGAAUAUGGGGUUGGCUGACGAGCAUCGAAUUGCCUGUUAGUCUUAGACCAACGCUGUAUGGAUUUUAUGCGAAUAUUUUUCACGCCGAUCUGGACGAGGUAGAGCUGGAUUUAUCUGCGUUUCCAAACCUGGUGGAAUUUUUUGUUAGAAAACUCAAGCAUAAUGCUAGACCAAUUGCUCAAAAUACAAAUAUGAUUUCACCUGCAGAUGGUAAAGUGCUUUAUUUUGGACCAGUGUCUUCUUGCCGCGUGGAACAAGUGAAAGGAGUAACAUAUGAUCUUAGACAAUUUCUGGGUGAUCAUUUGAAUGAUCUCACAUUAAAUGAAAUUACGAAAAAGACGACACAGGAUGAUUACGUAAAGUCACUUUUGAAGAAUCCGGACAAUAGAUUGUAUCAACUAAUCGUUUACUUGGCACCUGGCGAUUAUCAUCGGUUUCAUAGUCCUACCGAUAUGAUCAUAAAAUUUCGACGGCACUUUCCAGGAAAGUUAUUGAGCGUUAAUCCAAAGGUGCUCAAAUUUAUGCCCAACUUGUUCUCGUUAAACGAACGCGUUGUAUAUGUUGGAGAAUGGACAGGCGGCUUCAUGGCUUAUGCAGCGGUCGGAGCGACGAAUGUGGGCUCUAUACGAGUCUACUGCGACAAAGAAUUGACAACUAAUACAGUGCACUGGCCAGAAAGCGCGCAUUGGAAGGAAGCGAGUUUAGAUAAUGCGCAUAUUGCCAAAGGCGAACUGUUUGGCGAAUUUAGACUUGGAUCCACGAUCGUGCUUCUAUUCGAGGCACCGCGAGAUUUUCAAUUCUCCUUGCAAAUCGGUCAAACCAUUAAAGUCGGUCAGGCAUUAAAUACAUUUUCUAGUAAAGAGUCUGACAAAAAACUUGAACGACAGCACCUAAUUAUAAAUGUCGCACAGGAUUGGAGAGAUAUAUGGAAGCCUAGAUUAUAG